AUGCACGACUGGGAUGUUCAAAUCCAAAUCGGGAUGUCCAAGUUCCUCCGACGCAUGUUCCAAACAGGCGAGUUGAAAGACAUUGUUGGUAAUGAGACCUUACCGGGCUUUCAAGUUGUGCCGGAGGACACAUCAGACGAAGAAUGGGAAAAGUGUAUUGGAGAACAGUAUACUCCAAACUACCAUGCCAUUGGGACAACGUCCAUGCUACCCCGCGAGAUGGGUGGCGUGGUAGACGACCGACUCAAGGUCCACGGGGCUGUAAAUGUUCGAGUGGUCGACGCUUCGAUACAGCCGUUGCAGUUUUGCGGUCAUCCAAUGGCCAAUUUAUAUGGAAUUGCGGAAUGGGUAUCCGGUAGGAUCAAGGAGGACCGUCUACUCAACGCAUCAGGGGACAAUGUCUAG